AGGUAGUUCUGUUGGAAACCUAUUAGAUUGUAUGAAUGCCAUCAGUAGAUCAAACGUACCAGAGUCAAAAUUUGAAUCUGACAUACUUUUGUAUUAUAACCUUCACAAAUCGAUUAUUUAAAAUGUUAACGAAAUUACAUUUUUUACAUUCAUUAGUACUUUAUCGUGUCGCAUUCGCGUUUGAAGACCUUUACAACAUCCGAGAUAAUUCACAAGAUAUGAUUGAAAGAGGGAAAGUUCAAUACCAGUUGUUAAAAGAAAGAGGUAGUUUACCCCAAUACGGAAACUGUUGGAAAGGAGCAGUUGAACACAUAAAUGAAGGUUGCCGAUACUUAUCUGAAGAUACACAAAGUGAUAUUGCAUUACAUAUUACAAAUUGUUUCUUAGAAAUGUCUGGACAUGAAACGUAUAACUGUGAACUCGAUAAAAAACCUAAUUUACGUUCAAUUUGUAUUAAUAAUAUGUCUGAUAGGGCGUUCAAUGUUUACACUGAAUUUUACACCCAUACUCAAAAUAUUUGUUGGUUUCUAAGAGGGCAAAUCUGGCAUGAAACAAUAUCAGAAAAUACAUUUAAAGUUGGAAAACAAUUAGAAGAGUCAUCAAAAAACCAAGAGUACCUCCUGAAAACGCAACAAGAAAGUUUAGAACUGCAACAGAAGAUGUUGAAACAUGGAAAGUUUUUAGAAGAAGUUCUUGAAGAUCUCUAUGUAUCAGUUAAUGCUCACAGGGAGAUUUUAAAUGUGAUGACAAAAAGCUUGUCCAGAAUGCAGACAUGGAUUAUAGGUGAAAUAUCCUGGAUUGAUUCCAUAUUUUUUUACGUUUCAACAAUACUUAUUGUAUUUGUUUUGACGUCAAUGAAAAGAACUAAUACCGCAAGACUUUAUCUAUUUUUAUUAAUGUUUGCUAAUUUUAUAAUCGAACGAUUUUUGUGUUCAUUUAUCACUUAUAUACAAGACGAACCACACGUUGAUGUUUUAUAUAGUUACGUGUACAGUUGUGUGUGGUAUUCCAGAUAUUUUUUCAUGUGUUUGAGUUGUGCAGUUUUUGCAUACAAGGUUUAUUGUUAUCAAGACUUGGAGGAAAAAAAUAACGCUUUGUUAAGAGAGUUAUCUAAGAAAACUGAGAAUGUUUUGGAAAAACUAGAAAAUUUAAAAAGCAAAUUUAAUUUGCUUAAUUCCACAGACAUUCAAUUAGAAAAUGAGUCUAAAUCUAUUAAAGAAAACAGAUAUUCUUAUGAAUCUAACAUAAGCAACAAUUCCCUAAAUAAUAAAAGCUUUUUAAGUAACAGUGACAUUAAAGAAAAUAUUAAUUUAUAUAGUAAUAUUUUACCAAGAAGACAUAAACAUACCUUAUAUGAAAUAUCCAACAGUAGGUAUAAUUUAAGGAGUCGUAAUGGUACACCUGAAUCUGGUAGUAAUUAAUUUAAGAUAAAAGAAUGAACUAUUUAUGUAAUUUUAUAAGGCUGACUACUUUUAUCAUAACUACAUCAAGGACUAGUCAACCUCUCGAUUGUUUUUAUUUAAAUAUUAUUAUUUAUAAAAUUGUGUAUAUAUUCCAUUUUAGUUUUAGGAAUAAUCAUCAUGCCAACUUUUUUCUUGAAUUUUUUCACUUCUCAACAAACUAUUGAUAGUUUAAAUAUAUAUAAUGACUGAAUUAUUAUUGAUGAUGUUAUGUGGAUCGAAUCUCUGAAAAUUAAUAUAAUUUAGAAAUUUUGUAAUAAAUGUUUGAACAUUGUACAAAAUAAAUCCAUAUGUAUUUAGAACAUACUUAAU